UUGCCAACAGUUUCUGGGUACUGCUUUUUAAGCUUUCUAAAACCUAAACAACUUCAGCCAGCUUUGCAGAAGGAAGCUGUGGUUUUUGGUCUUCCUGCUCACUCAUUUUUUUUUUUUUUCUCAAUUGGGAGGCCUAACAUCUAACCAUGUUUUUUAACAAGUUGAGAAGGGAUAGAAAGUGCACAGCAACUGUUGACAGAGGGGAGGAACCAACAUUCCUCCAAAGAAAUUCUUCCUCAAACUGGGUGUCCACUGACAUAUUCCAUGGAGAAUGAGCCUGGAAUUGUGUCGCCAUUUAAACGAGUAUUCCUAAAAGGUGAAAAGAAUAGAGAUAAGAAAGCCCAUGAGAAGGUGACAGAGAGGCGCCCUCUGCACACUGUGGUGUUGUCAUUUCCUGAGCGCGUCGAGCCUGACAGACUGCUGAGCGACUAUAUUGAGAAGGAGGUGAAGUAUUUAGGUCAGUUAACAUCCAUACCAGGAUACCUGAAUCCCUCCAGUAGGACUGAAAUCCUGCAUUUCAUAGACAACGCAAAGCGAACCCACCAGCUGCCUGGACACCUGACCCAGGAGCAUGAUGCUGUGCUCAGCCUGUCUGCCUACAAUGUCAAGCUGGCCUGGAGGGAUGGGGAGGACAUCAUCCUCAGGGUGCCUAUCCAUGACAUCGCUGCUGUCUCCUAUGUCCGAGAUGACGCGACCCAUCUGGUGGUCCUGAAGACAGCCCAGGACCCUGGCAUCUCUCCCAGCCAGAGUCUCUGUGCAGAAAGCUCCCGGGGCCUCAGUGCUGGCUCCCUGUCAGAGAACGCGGUGGGGCCAGUGGAGGCAUGCUGCCUGGUCAUCCUGGCCAUGGAGAGCAAGGUUGCUGCGGAAGAGCUGUGCUCCCUGCUCAGCCAGGUCUUCCAGAUCGUUUACACGGAGUCCACCAUUGACUUUCUGGAUCGAGCAAUAUUUGAUGGGGCCUCCACACCCACCCACCACCUGUCUCUGCACAGCGAUGACUCUUCCACGAAAGUGGACAUAAAGGAGCCCUACGAUGCAGAGGCCAGCACUUUCUGCUUCCCUGACUCUGCGGAUGGGGGGGGGCUGCCGCCCCUGUCCUUCUGUAUGCAGACCUCGCCCCAUGGCAAGACAGUGAGCGAGAGCGAGCUGAGUACCAGCGCCACGGAGUUGCUGCAGGAUUACAUGAUGACGCUUCGCACCAAGCUGUCGUCACAGGAAAUCCAGCAGUUCGCCACGCUGCUGCAUGAAUACCGCAAUGGGGCCUCCAUCCACGAGUUCUGCAUCAGCCUGCGGCAGCUCUAUGGAGACAGCCGCAAGUUCCUGCUGCUUGGUCUGAGGCCCUUCAUCCCCGAGAAGGACAGCCAGCACUUCGAGAACUUCCUGGAGACCAUUGGCGUGAAGGAUGGUCGUGGCAUCAUCACAGACAGCUUUGGCAGGCACCGUCGGGCGCUGAGUACCAUCUCCACCUCCACCACCAACGGGAACAGGACCACGGGCAGCCCUGAUGAUCGGUCCGUGCCCUCAGAGGGGGAUGAAUGGGACCGCAUGAUUUCGGACAUCAGUAGUGACAUUGAGGCAUUGGGUUGCAGCAUGGACCAGGAUUCGGCCUGACGGGCGAUGGGAGCAUGGACAUCUUCCGCACAGUCCCAGGCCUUCCUGGGAGGAGAUGCCUGGCUCUGCUUGUCCGCCUCCCCCCCAGCCAGGGCUGGCACAGGAGGCCCCCGGCGGCCAGGUUCUCUACUGUGAAGGAGUGUGGAGCUGCCGCUGGACACGCACCCCGUGCCUUGUCCUCUGGGGCUCAGCCAUGCCGGGCCGGGCCAAGUCCCUGCUUGGGGAGGGCCAGUCCCGUGGACCUGGCCCUGGACAGCUAUUCAUUUUGCACAUGAUCUUCCUCUUGUAACUCUCAGAGACCUUAAAAAGAAGUUUACUACAAUGUGAAUAAUUUAAUCUCUAGUUGCCAAGCAUGUUUCUAAGUCUGUUGGGUGUCUGGUCCCUGUCCCUGGGGUAUGUCUGCCUGAUGCACCCCGUUAGGCCCAGUGGUUUUGGAGACUUGAGCAGCGCAGGCAGAUGAUGCUGAUGAUUGGAACUUUGGCUUUGUAGGCAUGAUGAAGGGCCCAUGUUCUGGGGUCUCCUGCAUGUGGUGCAGGCAGUGUGAGAGGACCCUGUCUUCUUGCCCAUGUCCUUGUCCCACCCCUUUUCCGUCCCUCAUGAGCGCUGGCCUCUGCCCUCCGGAUCCUUUAGACACCUCAGGGGAGCAAGGCCAAUCCAUGGCGGGAUGUCCUGGGCCUUUCCCAGCACAUGCAGAAACCACAGGGCUGGUUCUGCACUCAUGGGGGCUGGGGGGAGGUAAAACUCCUGAGGCUUCUUAGUAGUAUCCAGAGGGUCCCACAGGAACCUCCCUGAGCAGAGUGGAGGACCCCUGUGUCCAUAGCUCCAGAACAGGACCUAGCCAUAGACAGUGUUUCACAGAGAACUUUCCCUGUUGUGUGCUGUGUGAUUGGCCAGGGACAGCUGGCCUUGGGUAGUGCCAUCUCUAAAUGUAAUGCAGAUGACUAUCCUGGCAUCAGGAGAGGCAGAAGAUAAGCCACAAACUGUCCCCUGGACUCCUGUCUCACUUGCCAUAGCCCAUUUGUGCCCAGGUGUCUCAGCACCCCCACCCCCACACCAGACAUAGGUAGCACAGCCUUACAGGGCUCUCUGUGGAACCAAAAGAAACCAGGAUGCCCAUCCUCGACAUGGCCAGUGCUGCGGCUGCUCACAGGCCUUUGCCAGCAGGGAAGAUGUGAGGCACACAGCCCAGUGGGGCCUGAGGGGAUGGGGGGUGCCGUAGAG